CAGGUACGGAGUAGGAAUACGUGUAACCGUCAUGGACUGCUUCAUUGCCGCCAAAGAGCAUCCCGCAUCGUUUAGACGGGUUGUUUAAUUGCGGCCUCACAAGGCAUCAGCCAUUUCGAAAGGUCUUGUCAACGGAUCCUCAUUUCAUGGUUGGUGAUUGCCCGGAACAAUGUCUGAUCCAGGCACUUGAUAUACAUGUCUUCCUCCUCGAGAAGUUCUAAAAUACCCUGAUGGCGACAGUGGUUUCAAAAAACCAACGACAGCUUUGUGCCUUCAAUUCCAUCGUACCUCUUCAAAAUGACCAUUUUCAUGCGUCAGAUCAUUACCCUCACUCUCAAGAAUCUUCUCGUCGCCUUCGUGCGGCGCUGGUUCUCCACGACCAUACGAGCAUUCCUCUUACCCUGCAUCUUCAUUGGCUUUCUGUCUUAUGCUCGAUUCCUGUUCAUCCCUCCUUCAGUCUAUGGCAUCGGACAACCUGCUCCGGUCCGCGACCUCCCACAAGCCCUCAGUCUGGUGUCCGGCGGUCGAGACAAACUGGUCUUUGUCAACAGCGGCUAUUCCGAUGGUGCAAUUCAAUCCGUGAUCAAUCGAGUCGUUGACGAUGUUGGGUCUGCUGGGGCGAAAGUUGAAAUACUAUCACAAGAGGAGGACCUUUUAACAACUUGCAGAAACUCCAUACGGGGGACAUCUACGUGCAUAGCGGGGGCUGUGUUCUUUUCCUCCCCGUUGGAAGGCGACGCAGGCCGUUGGAACUACUCAAUCCGAGCAGAUGGCGGGCUGGAGACCAAGAUUGUGACCGAUUCGUCCAAGAACGAUGUUGAAGUCUACUUACUCCCUUUUCAGCAUGCCAUUGAUCGUGCCAUCUCCCAAGUCGAGGCGGGCUCCAAUGGUUCAACACUGCUACCAGAGGCAGUCCAAGAGUAUCCUUACACCUCCAUAACGAAAGAACAGCGACUGCAACAGAUCCGGACCAGAUACAUGGGAGGCAUCAUCGACAUACUUGCGGUAGCUUUUUUCAUAGGCAUGGUCGGAGUCACCUAUCAACUGACUGGGCUUGUCGCAGCUGAGAGGGAGAAUGGUAUGGCACAGUUGAUCGACUGCAUGAUGCCGAACCUGAAAAGAUGGCAACCACAAAUGGCAAGGAUCCUUGCAAAUCACAUCGCAUUUGAUCUGCUCUACGGCCCCGGCUGGAUCAUAAUGGCUAUAAUCCUCAGCGUAGGUGUAUUCAGCAAGACAUCCCCUGCCAUUGUCAUCAUAUUUAAUCUGCUAUCCGGUCUGGCCAUGUCAUCUCUCUCCCUGUUUGGAGCCGCGUUCUUCAAAAAGGCACAGCUCAGUGGUAUCACCUCGGUCAUUGUAAGCUUGCUUUUGGCCAUCAUUGCUCAGGUCGCUGGCAAGGCGGGGACAGCAUCGGUUGCGAUACUUUCAUUACUCUUUCCACCAAUGAAUUUCGUCUACUUCACUAUUUUCAUGGCUCGAUAUGAGAGACAGGAUCGGGGGACAAACCUUGUGAGAUCGGCUCCAGAAAAUACUUCCUCCCUACCAGGCAUCGCCCUUUGGAUCUUUUCUGUUGUACAUAUCGUGGUCUUUCCCAUUCUUGGUGCAUACAUUGAGCGGGCGCUUUACGGCACAGCCUCAAAGAGCCGCAAAACGACCUCCGCGGAAAGUGUAAACGCCAUUUCGCUUGUAAACUUUACAAAGAAGUAUCCUCCAUCGAUGCUCGCCAACUUACGCUCGGUGUUCACACGGAAACAUCCAGCCACUGUCCUGGCUGUGGACAAUCUGAGUUUCAAUGCCGCUCGAGGUCAGAUCAUGGUUCUUUUGGGAGCAAAUGGCAGCGGCAAGUCAACGACUCUUGACGCCAUUGCCGGUCUACAUUCUAUCACGUCUGGUGAAAUUAUAGUCGAUUACCCUGAAGCAAACACAGGCUUAGGUUUGUGCCCGCAAAAGAACGUUUUGUGGGAUGACUUGACAGUGGAAGAGCAUGUCCGAAUCUUCAAUCGACUUAAGAGCAGUCAGCCGGCUUCCAAGGACGAGAAUAUGAUGCUACUGGGGUCCUGCGACAUCUUGGCCAAAGCCAAGUCCCGAUCAAAAACGCUCUCAGGAGGGCAAAAGCGCAAACUUCAAUUGGCCAUGAUGUUCACUGGCGGAUCAAAAGUUUGCUGUGUGGACGAAGUUUCCUCGGGCCUAGAUCCCCUGUCACGACGCAAGAUCUGGGAUAUCCUGCUUGCUGAGCGUGGUGCGCGGUCCAUCAUCUUCACAACGCAUUUCCUGGACGAGGCAGAGCUACUCGCCGACAAUAUCGCCAUCCUUUCGAGAGGUGUGUUGAAAGCGUUGGGGACGUCGGUCGAACUGAAGAACAAAUUGGGGGCUGGCUACCGAGUCCACGUCUACCAUAACCAUGGAGCACAGCAUGUUCCCUCAUAUCAGGAUAUCGAUCAAGUUCGUCGUGAUGACCAGACCAUAUACUCCUUGACCGACUCAGCAAAAGCUGCAGAAUUUCUGGGUCGAAUUGACAGUGCCGGGAUCACCGAAUAUCAAGUCAGUGGUCCCACCAUCGAAGACGUCUUCCUGAAGGUCGCGGAAGAAGCCAACGUCAAAGAAACUCCUCCCAAGAAGUUUGACUUGGACGACAAGCUUCAUGAGACUGGUAGUCAUGGUAACAGCGAGGCUGAUCCAGCAAAGGCCGCCCAAGUGGUCCUGGUGCAAGACCAGUCGUUCCCCGAUGUUCCACAACUAUUGGACGGACGCCGAAUCAGCAUGACCCGGCAAGCCAUGGUUCUUUUCUACAAAAGAUCGGUGGUCCUACGUCGGAAUACCCUACCGUAUCUUGCGGCACUGCUUAUCCCGAUCAUUGCCGCUGGCCUUGUGACACUCUUCCUCAAGCACUUCCAAAGGGCAGAAUGUACUCCAGCCUCCACGGCCUAUGCGUCCGACAUAGUGUCAUUGUCAACACAAUUUGACUACGAGCUCGUUGCAGGCCCACGAAAUCGUUUGGGAGAAAAUGCUUUGGAACGACUAGCCUCCACAUUCCUUGGAAGCAAUGACAAUGGUGGGGUUGCGGCGAAUACCACGAAGUUGCUCAACUCACUGCAUAUUGUUGACACUCUUGACGAGUUCAAUGGCUAUAUCCAGACCAACUUUGCCAAUGUCACUCCAGGUGGCUUCUUCUUGGGAGAUGACACCACGCCGCCCGUUUUUGCAUGGCAGGGAGAUGGCGACAUCGCGUUCGCAGUCAUCGUCCAGAAUGCACUUGACGUACUCUUGAGCAACGUUUCCAUCUCAAAUCAGUACCAGGCAUUCGACGAGCCCUGGGGUGCAAGCGUGGGCAGUGCCUUGCAACUUGUCACCUAUUUUGGCUUGGCAAUGGCUGUUUAUCCCGCAUUUUUCGCCCUGUACCCUACAAUCGAGCGGCUUCGCAAUGUCCGAGGCUUGCAUUACAGUAAUGGGGUUCGGUCGGCACCUCUCUGGCUUGCCUAUACUGCAUUCGACUUCAUCAUCGUUGUCAUCAUCAGCGCCGUUGCUAUCAUCAUUUUCCGAGCGGUAUCAGACGUAUGGUACCAUAUUGAGUAUGUCUUUGUGGUGUUCUGUUUGUACGGCUUAGCGUCGACGUUGCUGUCCUAUGUCAUCUCGCUAUUCUCGAGGUCGCAACUCGCAGCAUUUGCAUUUGCUGCUGGCGGUCAAGCAGUUAUGUUCUUGCUUUACUUCAUUGCAUAUAUGUCCGUCCUCACAUACUCACCGAUUGAGAAGAUUGACAGCUAUGUCAACAUCUGUCAUUUCACAAUCGCAGCGAUAUCUCCUGUCGCCAACCUCACCAGGGCACUCUUCGUCACCUUGAACAUAUUCUCGAUUACCUGCAGAGAUCGACAAUUCGCAUCUUAUCCUGGGUCAACGACUACAUUUGGAGGUCCCAUUCUGUACCUCAUCCUGCAGUCUUUCUUCUUGUUCGGCUUGCUCCUCUGGUGGGAUUCUGGUCCGCUUCUCCGUCGCUGGCGAGGCAAGCAGCAACAAGACGACGCCGAAGAGAGGGACACAGUCGAAGCUGAAGGUUCAAAGGAGCUGACCAGGGUCGAUGCUUCGCAUGAUGGCCUGAGAGUGCUUCACCUGACCAAGCAUUUUGGUAAGAAUAUUGCAGUUGACAAUGUCACUUUUGGCGUGCCGAGAAGCGAGGUGUUUGCAUUACUAGGUCCCAAUGGUGCUGGGAAAUCGACCACGAUAUCACUGAUUCGAGGGGAUAUUCAGCCCAGUCGUCGUGGCGGAGAUAUCCUGGUUGAUGAUAUCUCAGUCAUAAAACAUCGAGCUCAAGCCAGGUCGCGUCUGGGUGUUUGUCCGCAGUUCGAUGCCAUGGACACGAUGACGGUCGCGGAGCAUCUUUACCUUUACGCAAAGGUCCGUGGUGUGAGCGAUCCCCGGCAUAAUGUGGACGCCGUCAUGCGUGCAGUCGGACUUGAGCAAUACGCUGAUCGAAUGGCUGGCAAAUUGUCUGGAGGCAACAAGCGUAAAUUGUCCCUAGGCGUUGCGCUCAUGGGCAAUCCUAGCGUCCUCUUACUCGACGAACCAUCGUCAGGAAUGGAUGCGGCAAGCAAACGCGUCAUGUGGCGGACCCUCGAAUCGGUAAUCCCUGGACGUUCGCUCGUCCUUACAACUCAUUCGAUGGAAGAGGCCGACGCAUUAGCAACCCGGGCUGGUAUUAUGGCAGGAAAGAUGCUGGCGCUAGGGACGACCGAUGAUCUCCGCCGCAAACACGGAGAUGCGUACUAUGUGCAUCUAGUGCACCAGCACGCACCACAUGCAUCCGACAGCGAUAUGCAGCGUAUCCGCAAUUGGAUUGCAAGCACAUUUGCAAGGGCCGAUAUCGAGAGCAAGAUCUACGCCGGGCAGAUCAGGUUUUCGGUGCCUGCAUCUGGGUUUGGUGGUUACGAUGACGAGAUCAGCCGCGCAUCAGGGAUAUCGACGUUGUUCACAGCUCUGGAGAAGAAUAAAACUGGGCUGCAGAUCGAACACUACAGUGUCAGUCGAGCGACGUUGGAUCAAGUCUUUCUCAGCAUUGUCGGCAAGCAUAACGUUGCCGAAGAAGGUGCAGAAGCAGCUUCUACAGCGCAUGCCGAGUCUGGUAAGCGAUUUGGGCGACUGAGCACACUCGUGUUGAAGAAGUGAUUGUGUUGCUCCGAGAUAUA